AUGACUAAUGAAGAGAUUAGGGCGGCUUUUCUAACUAUAGCUCAAGCCAUGACGGCUCAAGCAAAUAGAGAUGUGGUGCCUAGGGUAAAUGCUAAUGAGAGUACGGCUGACUCAAGGUUGAGAAACUUUGUGAGGAUGAAUCCUCCUAUAUUUUUGGGCUCUAGAAUUGGGGAAGAUCCCCAAGGAUUCUUGGAUGAGAUUUACAAAAUUGUGGAUGCUAUGGGAAUAUCUUAUAGAGAGAAAGUGGAAUUGGCUUCAUACCAAUUGAAGGAGGUGGCCCAAAUUUGGUACACUCAAUGCAAGGCAAAUAGCCCGGAGGAAGCGGGUGCUAUAGAAUGGGAGGAGUUUAAGGAAGCAUUCUUGGGUAAGUACUUUCCCCUAUAUAAGAGGGAGUGCAAAAUUGAGGAGUUCAUUAAUCUUUGGCAAGGUAAUAUGAGUGUGGAGGAGUAUGCUUUGAAGUUCUCUAUGUUGUCUAGGCUUGUUGUGUAUGCUCAAUCUAUCGAGGAGUCCAAGAAGACUAGGGUGAGGAAGGAUUUGAAAAGGGGUAGGUAUGAGGAUCAAGGACAACCUAGGUUUAAGAAGAGGGCUACAAAUCAAGAUUUCUCAAGUGCUCCUAAGGUUAACCAUGAAGGAGGUGGUGGUUCUCAAAUUGCUAAGGCUACUUGUUCCACUUGUGGGAAGAAGAAUUUUGGGAAGUGUCUAUCCGGCACUAGUGGUUUCUAUGGUUGUGGGAAAAAUGAUCACAAGGUAAGAGAUUGUCCUAAUAUUGUGGCUAAAGGAAGUAAUGCUAGGCAAGCUCCUUAUAGUGGUCCUAGUGUUGAUGGUCAAGCAAGGAAUCCUUUCUAA